AUGUCGGGCGACGGAGUGUAUGUGUACUUCCAAGCGAAGUCCCCAAUGGGCAUGCGGGACCCCAAAAAAGUCGCCAAACUGGGGCCUUCGGAGACAUAUGUCUUUGACACUGGCAUAAAAGCCAUUGGUGCCAUCUUUGGAUGGGAGGCUCCCGGAUUCGAUCUCGAUGCGGCCGCAGCCAUUUUCGAUGAGAAGAAGCAGUGCCUAGACUUUGUGUGGUGGGACCAUACCAACAAUGCAACAUCUUCGAUUGGGUUCCUCACGGCAGACAAUCAGCUGGCUGGAGCACAUGCUGGGGACAAGGAGGCGCUCAAGAUCGAUUUUACCCGCGUGCCUCACAACGUGACACACAUCCUGCUGGUAGCGAGUGUGUACACCAAGGAUGCCAUGCUGGACAAGGUCAAGUCGGUCAGCGUGCGCUUGUCCGAUGGCCCCAGCGAGCUGUGCACCUAUACUGUGGCCUCUGACCUCGAGGGCACCAGCAUGCUCAUGGGGGUGCUGCUGCGCAACGGUCCAUACUGGAGUUUUGUGACCAUGAAGCAGCCAGUGUUGGCACGCACUGUCACAGAGAUUAUGUACGAUGCGUCGAAUCUGGUGGCAGUCAAGGCUCUGGACGGCACAGCCCUGCACCAUUUCAAACUUGCGCUUGCCAUCAGGAAAGCGCGCAACCUGACUAACAUGGACACAGAGCUGUUUGGGAACAAAAAGAGCUGCAAUCCGUACAUGGUCAUCACGCACGGCGGAAAGAGGCAUGCGUCAGAAGUGGUAACCAAUUCCUACUCGCCCGAGUUUGAGAUGGAGCCAGUCGAUUUGGGAGAGGCAAAGCCUAAUGACGGGAGCGUGAUCGAAGUGCAGUGCUACCACCACGAGGAGGAGAGGGAGGACGAAUGGCUGGGAGUCGUCAAGGUGUGUGUAGGGGGCUUGACAGCCAAGGGCCCAGGGACGCAUGCAGUCUGGCUGCCCCUGAGCUGCACCAAGGAGAGGAAAGCCAGUGGCACAGUCAUCACAGGAACUGUGCAGCUGGAGGUCACGUUGACGGACACCUGA